AUGCUCGACAAGGCCAGCGGCAGGUGCCAGUUCACCCCCGCGCGGCCUGGCCUCCCGGCCCGGCGGCGGGCCCCGAGCCACGAGCGGGUGGGAGGCGCUGGCGCUAGCCGCGAGAUUGCCGCAGGCGGCCCCGCCGCGCAGCGGGGCGACGCGGCGGACACGGCGGCCGGGUCCGGGGCGGACUUCUGGAGGGCGCAGCUGGAGGCGAUCUACCGCAGGAGGAACCCGCUGAAGCUGCCCAAGGUCCCGGAGCUCCUCGAGGAGCACCGAGGCCGCGAGGUCGACCUGUACAGGAGGGUCUGCAGGGCGUACGACCUGCCCCCGACGAGGCUCUACGCGGACCCGGCGGCCUGGGCCGAUCAGGACCUGGACAUGAAGCCCGACUCCGCCGACGUCCAGGGCACUGGCUUCGUCGCGCUGGUCGCCUCCGCCAUGCGGCUGCUGAAGCGCACCAGGGACGAGGCGGCGGGCCGCCCCGGCGCCGGCCGCGCGCUGCGGCGCCGGCCCGUUCGCCUUCCGGCUGGGGAGCGGAAGCGCUGCCUUCGAGGGCCUCGCGGCGAACGCCGCCGGGAGGCGCGACGGCUCCGACGGCGGGUCCCCCUUCGCCUUCCUGGUCGCCGCGGCCGCCAGCGCCCGGUGGAGCCGGGGCCCGCCCCGGGCCGACUGGUGGCCGGUGGCGGACGAGGCGCAGGACUGAGGCGCCGCCGCCGCCGCGGGGCAGGUGAGGCGGAGGCCGAGGGCGCCCCUGCUCUGCGCGGCCCCGCCGGGCGGCCGGGGGCACCUCCUCUCCGCCCUCCUCCGCGUCCUCGUC